AUGGGAAACAUUAAAGAGAUUCUCAGCAAUAAUACAGUAAAGAAGCAUGAUGCCUUUAUGCCAAGUGUGAUGAAUACCGCACUUGGGAAUGAGCUGAAUGAGGUUUUAUGUUUAAUUGUUUCCUUAAUUUGUUGAUAAUGGAAAAAGAAAAAGGGCAAAAGAGAAAGAAAAUGGAAUAAAGGAAAGGAGAAGCAAGAGAGUCUAAUUUGACGCAAUUCCUUUUUGUCACACACAUACAACAGUGGUGUAAGUGGUUUUUUAAAAUUUAUAAAUAGGGUGUUGCUCCUUGCUUUAAUGGAUACCUCAUCCUCACCUGAAGCUAGCUAACUAGUUUUCAACAACUUAUAUUUCCCAUCUCACUUGCUAUUGUCUCACAUAUCUUCAUUCUGAUAUAUACAUAUACAGAGAGAGCGGAUGGAGCACAAAUUCUUUCUUCAUGAACAUCCACUGUACUUCUGUAAAGAGUUGAGCAGGAAAGUCCACAAUAAGACUAGAGAUGUAAAAUGCUCAUCAGGGUGUGGGCGGCCAAUCUCAGUUCAGUUCUAUGUAUGCAUCGACUGUAAGUUUUUCCUUCAUAAAUCAUGUGCUGAGCUACCACUGAACAUCACUUUCCUCUUUCAUGAUAAUCAUCCUCUUACUCUUUUAGCCAAUGCACCACCCUGGGCCUUUUGUGAUUUUUGUGAUGAUUUAGUCAAUGGAUUUGUUUACCACUGUUCUUCUUGUAAAUAUAACCUUGACAUCAAAUGUGCCUUGCUCCCACAAUUCCUCAAUGGAAAUCUUCCAAAAGUUGAUCAUCAGAUUCAUGUUGAACACCCACUCUUCUUCAUCGAAAAUCAUAGCCAUGAAGUUAAACUACCUUCUUUCUGCUAUUGUAGUAUUUGCUUAGAACAGUUAUUGGAUGCUUCCUUUUACACUUGUGUUGUUUGUAAGCUUUUCUUUCAUAAAUCAUGUUUUGAGACUGAGCUACCAUUGAACAUCAGUCACCCCUUCCAUGAGAAGCACACUCUUACUCUUACUCUUCUUAAACGGGAUAAGGGAGUACGUUGUCAACUUUGUCGUAAUUAUCGUUAUCCUGUAGGAUUGUCUUACCAUUGUUCUUCUUGUCAUUUCCACCUUGACAUCGAAUGUGCUUUUCUUCCACAAUUCCGCACUGGAAAUUUCCCAAAACGUGAUCAUCAUUUUAGUGAUGUUCAAGAACACCCACUCUUCUUCAUCCAAAAGGAUCUUAUUAGCAGCAAUAAAGUUGAACUACCACAUUCUCAUUGCUUUGUUUGCUCAAAAUCAUUAUCUAGAAGUUCUUUUUAUUACUGCCCAGAAUGUCAAUUUUUUGUUCAUAAAUCAUGCGAUUUUGAAAAGCUACCUUCGAAAAUUAAUCACCCUUUCCAUGAUAAACAUGCUAUUACUCUCCAAGAACGCGGGCCCGAAUGGUGGAGGAGUUCAGUAUGUAAAUUUUGUCUUAAUUUUAUCAAGGGAUGUAGGUACAGGUGUUCUUCUUGUGAGUUCCAGCUUGAUCCCCGAUGUGCUUUGCUCAUCACCAAAGAUCUCCCAAAACGUGAUCAUCAUCAUUUUAGCCAUGUUGAACACCCACUUGUCUUUGUCCAAAUGCUUAGCAACGAAGUUGAAAUAAAUUCUUCCUGCUCUGUUUGCCCAAAACCAUUACUAGGCACUUCUUUCUACAAUUGUAUUGAUUGUGGAUUUUUCCUUCACAAAGAAUGUGAGGCAGAGUUGUGGCCUAAGAUUGAGCAUGUUGCCCACCCUCAACACCCUCUUACUUUUGUAUUUUCGGCAAAGGAUCCCUGCAACUUUUGCCGAUAUUUCAUUUACCGAGAUCAAAGUGAUGUGAAGAAAUGUGGAUAUGAAUGCCCCCAUUGUGACUUUUAUAUUCAUCAUGGGUGUACCUUACUCAAGUUCUUCCAAAAAAGUAAGAUCCAUGACCACCAGUUGACCCCAUUCAUGAGGAAAAAUUCCUUCAAUUGCGAUGCAUGUGGGGCGGAAGGAGAUGGUGCUCGCUAUGUUUGUUCCACGUGCAGCAUCAUGAUCCAUAAGGAUUGUAUUUUCCUGCCAAAAUUCAUCAAAAUCAAACUGCACAAUCAUCAUAUACUUUGCCACAAGUACAGUCUUCCACAAAAAGAGGGUGAAAAAUGGACCUGUCAAUUUUGUUUCAAAAAGGUGGUGGCAGAGUAUGGGAGUUACAAAUGUUUGCACUCAGAUUGUACUUAUGUUCUUCAUGGGAGUUGCGUAAAAAAGAAUGAAGGUCGUCUUUAUAUCGAAGUUGAGUCAGAAAAUGAGGAAAGUGAUAAUGAGGCUUCUUCUUCUUCAAGUUGUGCUGUGGCGUUAGGAGACAAGAUAGAUCAUUUCAGCCACGGGCAUGAAUUAGUGCUUGAUAAUGAGGAGAUUAUUAUAAAUGGUGAUAAAAAAUGUUGCAAUGGGUGUGCAUUACCGAUCUUGACUGCCGCUUACAGUUGUCCACAAGCAAAGUGUAAUUUCUCCCUUCACAAGGCAUGUGCCCAAAUUGGAGAGGACAAACCACAUUGGGCUUCCCGAGAUCCUGUUCUAGUUAUCAUGGAGUCCCAUUUUGAGUGUCGAUUUUGUAAGUAUGACUGCAGCGGUUUUUGUUCCAUCUGGAAAGGAGUUGAUGGUAAUAGGAGGGAAAUUUGCCACAGAUGUAGUGAGAUUGAUUUCAUCACUAAGCAUGAAGCACAUGCUCAGCACUUCCUCUUCUGUGAUGAAGAUCACAAGGGACCAUGUAGUGGCUGCGGUAAGGGAAUGGGUGAUCAUGGUGGUUACAGAUGCACGCUAGCAGAGGAAGAGGAGAAUUGCAAAUUUUUUGCCUUGGACUACAGAUGCAUGACAUGGCCCCUUACAGCUGAACAUAGGUUCCACCAUCACCCUCUAAAACUCACUUAUGAAGAUCCUUACAAGGAUGAUGGUGGUGAUCCAUUUCAACACAUGUGUGAAAUCUGUGAAGAUAGAAGAGAUCCAAAGCUCUGGUUUUAUCGGUGUGAUGAGUGCGAUUUUGAUGCUCAUCCCGAUUGCGUUCUUGGAGAAUACCCAUUUAUCAAGCGCGGUAGCAUCUAUUUUGAUUGGUUUAGUAGAUGUGAUUCUCAUCAACGACCUCUCAUAUAUUUCCAGAGUGAGAAAUAUCCCUAUCCGAAAUGUUAUGAGUGUGGCAAUCCUUGCAAAGAUCAGCUGGCUCUUAAAUGUCCCCACUCUGAAUGCAACUUUGCUCUACAUUUUGAGUGUCGCUAUUUACUUCGUCUAAGUGAUGAUCGGUACAUACUGGAUGGGCUUAACUGACCCAAAACGGCAAGCAUUGAAGACAUUUUGAUGAUACAUGCUUCCGCUGUUGUGCGUUCCUCUGCUAUAAAAAAACUGCAAGAACCAUCCCCAUGAUUGCUCGAUCAGUUGCUGCUUCCGCAAACGAUUUCCUGCUUAGGUUUGUGCCCAUCAUUUGCUGGGUUUGCUUUCUGAAAAUAACAGAUUCGACCACGGGCAAUGAAGAUUUUGCCCUUGAUUCCAUGCUCUGUGUCUCAAAUUCAAGGCUCAUACUAGACCAAAACGAUGGAGAAGAGGAAAUUCACACAAAGGGAUGCCUUUACUAUUCUUCUGCUAUAAAAUCCAAAUCGAAGAAUCCCCCUGACGUUGGCAAUCUCAUGUGUUUCGGAGAAGCGGGUUCUGAAGCGAGCAUCCAUCUCCAUUUGGAUCAUUGAUGUCCAAGCCGAGGGCUUUCUCACUUCUCAUUCGGAAGAAUGAAGGUGGCGCCUUUCUCAUGCACACCAACUGUUCCACAUGUGGCCCGUGUGAGUUUUAAUGGUUUUGGUUUUAUUAUAAUAAUAUAUACUGGGAAUUAGU